AUUUGUUUAGAUCUAGAUGGCUUUUAAAAUUGACCUGAGAGGAAAAAAUGAUUACUUUGAGGAUAUACUUGCAAAUCAGAGAACUUAUACGUUAGUUUUAUCAAAAGCUGUAUUAAUUUAUCAAAAGUAUGUGAUGUGUUAAUAAAACUGCAAUAGGAGGUUAGCUGUAGCAGAUGGUAUAUUCACAUAACAAAAUGGUGGGCCGGUUUGCUCUUCUUGUUUUGUUGGUGACGUGUUGCUGUGCGGCUAAGAGAACACGAUAUGACGGAUACAAUUUGUUAAAGGUCACAUCCGAGACAGCUGACCAACAUAACGUUCUUCGCCAUAUACACAACGGUGCACGUAGACUGGGGGUAGAUUUCUGGACCGAGCCAUCAAAGCUUCACAAUGACGUCCUCAUCCUAAUCGCCCCACGUGGUUUAAAAUACGUUCUGACUCGAUUCAUUGAAAGUGGAAUAAAAUAUGAUGUGGUAUCCAAAGAUAUCCAGAGCGUGAUUGACAGCAGGGAAGCUAAAAGGAAAACGUCAACGCAACAGGGACAGCAAUUCUUCACGGAUUAUAGGACACCUGAUGAGAUCUAUGCCUGGCUGAACAGCUCAAUUGGCAGAUGCCCCAGUGGUGUAACGUGUUCUUUGUUAAACAUAGGCUCGACAUACGAGGGUAGACCACUGCAAGUGUUCAAGCUAAGCACUGGUGAUGGACGUAGAAAAAUCUGGUUAGAUGGUGGAAUACAUGCGAGAGAAUGGAUCUCCCCAGCUACGGUCAUGUACGUCAUAGAGCAACUGCUCACGGGAUAUGGCACCGACGCUAGUGUUACCCCACUCCUGGACAACUAUGACUGGUACAUAAUGCCAUUGAUCAAUGUUGAUGGAUACCUCAAUACAUGGAACGUGGACAGAAUGUGGCGAAAGACUAUGUCUCCAACGUGGGACGAAGACUGCAUUGGAACAGAUGCCAACAGGAACUUUGACCAUAUGUGGAAUAGUAUUGGAACCAAUGACGAUCCAUGCGCCCAGACGUAUGCAGGAGAGACAGCGUUCUCCGAGGUCGAGGCUCUGGCAGUGGGUAAUUUCAUCAUGCCCCGAGCAAGCGAGUUCAUAUCUUUCAUUACGGUUCAUUCUGCUGCUCAGUUGCUCCUGUUGCCAUGGGGAUACACCUCUGAUUAUACACCCGAUUAUGAUGAGUUGAUGCGUGUUGGUAAUGCAUGGGCUGAUGCAAUCGAGGACAACCGUGGCACCAUCUAUCCAGUAGGGACAUCUAACGAUAUUCUCUAUCCAUCAUCAGGUACCUCAAGAGAUUGGGCAAAGGGGGUGCCACAGAUAAAAUAUGUCUACACCGUGGAGCUGCCAGGGUUUGGGUGGGGCUUUCUCCUUCCUCCAGAGGAGAUUAUUCCUGUAGGGAACGAGACAUGGGAUGGCUUUAAGGCAAUGGUCUCACAAUUUCAGCCAUAAGUGAUAAUCAUUUCAAAGACUUUGUUGAACGUAAUAUUCUGUACACUGUAACAUGCAACUGAUGGUAAUUUUGUUGUAAACUCAAAAACUCUAUUGCUUAUGAAAAUAAAAAAUGUCA